GCUUCCGGGACUGUCGACGUGAAGAUGGCCAGGAGUCCAUCAAAGAUAAAGAUAAAGCCAGGACACGGAAGCGGGACUCCGGGGGCAAGAGCUGCAGCAGCCAAGGUGCCGAAGGCUGUGCAGGUGUCAAAGAAAGGUGGGCGAAGACGAAAAGCAACAUGGCGAAGCCAUGGCGUGGGCUAGCUGAGAACGGUGUUGGAUGGCGCUGGUGUGAAUUCUGGGCAGCUCUGGCUGGCCAGUUGUCAGCAUCCAAGUCAAACCGGAUGUUUCACUCGUGUGUGCUAGUUCGGCAGCGGCAGUGGGCUUGCAAAAGCGUGCAACAUAUGGCCUAUGAUGUUGUAGGCGCUGCUUGUAAUUGCGAUGAACAUGGAUUCAGAUUUGCUACGCUGGCGGUGAUGCAAGUGUCCUCCAACACUGGCCCCAGGAUGCACAGGCCAACAAAGCAUGCGGCCUGGUAA